CCCAUGGGCUCUUCCCCAGAACGCACCCGGAUCUCAAAUGUUGCCCCCGCUGAUCCAGUUACCCCGGAUUCGGGGAUCAGUCGUAGACAUGACCUUUUGCGUGGGGUAUCAACGAUGCAACAGUCUUGAAAAGUUCAUAAAUACCACGUUUCUGCUGAUUGUCCAGCAUUUCGGGUUGGUCUUGACAAAACGAAGCAAGAGACUGACUCCAUCCUCGUUUAUGCUUAUUUCUUAGACCGCAACUCUCUUCACCGCAGAGUUUAGCCCCGCCGAUCCCUCUUGUUUUUGACAACCCCCCCUUUCCCCGAAAAACAGACUUUGCUGGGCGCACAAUCCGGUCCGCGCACGAGAUCAAUAACAUCAAAUUUACAAUGGCCGCGAGCGAGAAGCGUUCUCCUUCGGUGGAGCGCGAGGAGCAUGCCAUUCAUACCGUCGAUAGUGUCAUCAUGGACGAGAAGCCCAUUCCUCAGGAUGAGGAGAACCGUGACUGGACCGGGUCUGCGAAGAAGACCGAUCCGGAGGAGAUCAAGCUGGUGCGGAAGCUAGAUUGGCGGAUCAUGCCGACACUCUGCAUUAUGUACUUCUUGAACUACGUCGAUCGCAAUGCCAUUGCCCAGGCACGACUGAACAACCUGGAGAAGGAUUUGGGCAUGUCGGGAACGCAGUUCAACACCACAGUUUCGAUCCUCUUUGUGGGCUACGUCCUCAUGCAGAUCCCAUCCAACAUGUUGAUCACCAGAAUUCAACCUGGCAUGUACAUGAGCGCGUGGAUGUUGAUCUGGGCUGUGGUCUCAGGAUGCACGGCACUAGUCCAGAACUACGGAGGUCUUGUCGCUUGCAGGUUCUUCCUCGGUAUCACCGAAGCUCCCUUCUACCCAGGCGCAACCUACAUGCUAUCAAUCUUCUACACCCGUAAAGUAACACCCCCCACAGAGGUCGCCUCCCGCAUAGCCCUCCUCUACUGCGCCCAAAUCCUCGCAACAGGCCUCUCCUCCCUCAUCGCAGCCGGCAUCUUCGCCGGCAUGGACGGCCUCAACGGCAUCGCAGGCUGGCGCUGGCUCUUCAUCGUCGAGGGCGCCGCCACGGGCCUCGUCGCCCUCUUUGGCUUCUGGCUCCUCCCCAACACGCCCCUGACGACGCGCUGGCUCAACGACCGCGAGCGCGAGCUCGCGCACUCCCGCAUGGAGAAGGAUAAGCUGUCCGACUCGGAUGACAAGAAGGCUUCUGCUAUGGAUGGGUUGAAGCAGGCUGUGAGGGACAAGAGGACGUGGUUGUUCUGCUUGAUGCAGAAUUUCCAUUUGAGUGCUUGCAGUUUCAACUCUUUCUUCCCUACUGUUGUCAAGACUCUCGGUUUCAACACGACCGUCACCCUCGUCAUGACCUGCCCGCCUUUCAUCUUCGCUGGUGCCGCGGGUAUCUUGUUCGGCUGGAGUUCCGGCCGACUUCACGAGAGAACAUGGCACAUCACAGUAGGCCUCGGCGUUGCAGUUCUCGGCUUCGUGGUGGCGGCCUCCACCCUCAACACAGCGGCCCGCUACGUUGCCUGCUUCAUCUUCCCCAUGGGAGCUUAUGCCGUGAACUCUGUCAUCAUCGGCUGGGCUUCUUCGACACUGUCACAAACCAAGGAGAAGAAGGCAGUCGUCCUCGCCAUGACCAACGUCGGCGGCCAAAUUGGCUACAUCUACGGCGCCUACCUCUGGCCCAAGAGUGAUGAGCCCCGCUAUGCCAUUGGUUUUGGCGCGUCCGCUGGCUUCGCCUUGCUCUCGAUUCUCUGCGCGUGGUGGAUUCGUGUCUUGCUUGUCAGAGAGAACCGAAGGAUUCGGGCUUCCACCUCGGAAAAUGUCAACUUGUAUGGAUACUAGGUGACGUAGCAAGAGCCUUUUGUAGACGUCCGAGGUUGGCAGUGUCAUCAUUGCCCUUUUGCACAGACUGGAGGCAUGAAUCAAUUCAGCUGCUGGGACUAUAGGGAGCUAUGCUGCCAUCGUGAGCGAGGCAUGUGAGCAUCAAAUAUGAUACCAUGGAACUUGAGUGGAGAUCAGACUACUCACUGUGAUGUAUGUCCAAGACAUCAAGUCGUUCUUCGUGCGAUCGUGCCUCUAGCAUACUCGUCACGGUCAUCCUCCAUUGUAUCUAGUCUUGUAUCCCCGGCAAAAUAUAGUUCAAGGCGAGAAUAGUUCUAGUUUAUUGCUAGUUCAUUACGAUG